AACAGGCUGGGAGCUGGGGGGCGGCGCCUCGACAGAAUGGACGCGGUGGGUUCCAAGGCCAUGGGGGAUACCAGGCACGACCACCAACGCGUUACCAGGCUACUGGUGCCAACGGAACUCCACUGGGCACACCUCAGCGCAUGUCGCCUGUAUCUGUAACACCACCAGAGCCGUCAAUCAUACCACCGAAACCAAUAGAGGCACAGCCUUCAAAAGACUCAGCUCCAGCGCCGGAAACAACUGAGAUUAAAUCGCAGAAAAAGUCAAAGUCAGAAUUAAAAACCAAGGACAAGAAGACAUCGGAAGAUAUUAUUAAUGUCGAGCCAUUAUCUGCGCCUUCAUCUCCAUCACCUCAAAAGGCGGAGAAGAAGAAAAAGGACAAGAAACAUAAAAAGGACGCUAUAGAGUCUACUAUCGACGAUACCCCAGUACCGACCGAGGUUCCAGGAGAAAAGGAAAAGAAAUCCAAGAAAAAGGACAAAGAAAAGCGGAAAGCUGCUGUUGUGGAGUUGGAGAGCCAGGAGACCAAGGACCAAGAAAGUGACGAGAGCCGGUCGAAAUCCCAGAAGCGGAAGAGGGACGACGAGCCCGUAGAUUCAGGCGCAGGUAAGAAAGAUAAGAAAGAAAAGAAGAAGAGCAAAAAGGAUAAAGUCGAAGAAACACCAACGAAUAGCGCGUCGAAUCCAUCUCCCACGCCGGUUGAGACGGAGGGAGAGACAAAAACCAAGAAGCGGAAAAGGGACAAGUCAGAAAAGGUCCCCGAGGACAGCAUGGACGUCGACAUAACACCUACAGAUACUCCGUCUGUUGCGCCUGUGGAAAAGAAGAAGAAAAAGAAGCACGACGCAGAGCCAGUUGCUGAUGUUAAAGUGUCGGUAAUGGAUGUCGAUGCUCCCCCACCGACUCACGAUGAGAAGAGAGAGAAGAAGAGGGCUAAGAAAGAGAAGAAGGAGAGAAGCUCCAAAAAAUCCGACAAGGCUUCGGUAUAAUUGGCUGCUUCGUUGAGUAUCUACGAGAUUUCGUUUGGGUUUGGUGAUGAGCUGCUUCUACGCGGGGCCGAUGCUAGCCAUUAGAAGGCUGUUGACAAUAUACCUGGCUCAUGGCACAUGAAAUGCGGCU